AAAGUUUAUUGAAACCAAGAUGGCGGCGCCUGCAGUGAAGUCGUGAUCCAGGGAAGCAGGUCACUUGCAGGGGAUUUAAAAGCUCGACGUGAAUAUUUCUAGUAUGGAUUAUUGGUUUUAUGUCAUCGGCAACACAACGCGGAAACAAAGGAGCGGGAACUGAAACUGAAGAACCAUGCAGGUGUCAGCGAGGAGGCUCGCUCUGUAUCCGCUGGCCUUAGCCCGGUCCGGCCGAAUUAGGGCUCCUCUCCUGACUCCAGUGCACCGCCUCUUGUGCCCCAGCACCCGCACCCUGUUCAGUGAGACAGGAGUGUGGGAGAAGGACUACCGGACAGAGAACCGGUGCAGGGUGGAAGAAUGGUGGCACCCACGCAUCAUGGCACAGUGGCAGAAGGAUGCGCUGGAGGAGGCUGCCAACAGGAAGAAGUUUUAUGUCCUCUCCAUGUUCCCAUACCCGUCGGGGCGACUGCACAUGGGCCACGUGCGAGUGUACACCAUUAGUGACACCAUCGGUCACUUCCAGAGAAUGAGGGGCCAUCAGGUGCUGAAUCCGAUGGGUUGGGAUGCCUUUGGACUUCCAGCCGAGAAUGCAGCCAUCGAGAGAGGCCUUGACCCAGAGGAGUGGACUAAAAGUAACAUCCAGUCCAUGCGGGAGCAGCUGGACAGCCUUGGCCUUUGCUUCAGCUGGGACCGGGAAGUGAGCACUUGUCUUCCAGAGUACUACAAGUGGACGCAGUAUCUGUUCGUCAAGCUCUUUGAAGCAGGGCUGGCAUAUCAGAAAGAGGCAGUGGUGAACUGGGACCCUGUGGAUCAGACAGUGCUGGCUGACGAGCAGGUGGAUGAAAACGGUCGCUCCUGGAGGUCGGGCGCUCUGGUGGAACAGAAGCUGCUCACACAAUGGUUCAUCAAGACCACCAACUAUGCCAAGCCUCUCCUGGACGCCCUGGCGGACCUUCCAGAGUGGUACGGUGUAAAAGGCAUGCAGGCAAACUGGAUUGGAGACUGCACCGGCUGCUACUUCGAUUUCAAACUCAAGGUGAACGGCGUGGAGACGGGGGAGACCCUGUCAGCCUACAGCUCUUCCCCAGAGACGGUGUUCGGAGCAGCCUACCUGGCAAUCCUGCCCUCCCACAGACUGGUGCGUGGUAGCAGCUCAGUGCGGCCCUCCUUGGAAAAAGCCUUUCAGCCGGGCAGAGACUCUCUGACAGAGGUCACCGCUCGCAACCUGUUCACCGGCCACGAGGUUCCCCUGAUCAUCUCACACAAAGAGGCGUUUGAUGGCUAUUUAGACACUGUGAUUGGUAUCCCAGACUGUAGUGAGGAGGAUCUAUCUGUGGCCAGAGCUCUGAACCUGCGGUGGACGAGUGUGCUGAAAAGUGACCAAGACGGGACCCAAACGUUGAUUAACUCUGAUGAGUUCUCAGGCCUCAGCAGAGAGGAGGCCUUCAACUCCAUUACCCAGAAGGCCAGGGAGCAGAAGGUUGGCGGCCACCUUACCAGCUCCAAGCUCAGGGACUGGCUGAUAUCAAGGCAGCGGUACUGGGGCACACCCAUCCCUGUGGUGCACUGUGGGUCUUGCGGUUCAGUUGCAGUCCCUGAGGAGGAGUUACCAGUGACACUGCCAAAGCUGCCUUCGGUCACAGGAAAGGGGGCGUCGCCUCUGGAGGCUGCUCAUGACUGGGUCAACUGUAGAUGUCCCAGAUGUAAGGGCCCAGCGCGCAGGGAGACGGACACAAUGGACACGUUUGUUGACUCAGCCUGGUAUUACUUCAGAUACACAGACCCUCAUAACCCACAUAGGCCUUUUGACCGUCACCUAGCAGAUCACUGGCUGCCUGUGGACGUGUACAUCGGAGGGAAGGAGCACGCCGUCAUGCACUUGUAUUACGCUCGCUUCCUCUGCCACUUCUGCCAGGACCAGAGUCUCGUGGCUCACAGGGAGCCGUUUCGGAAGCUGCUGGUCCAGGGUCUGAUCAAGGGCCAGACUUUCAAACUGGCUGACAAUGGCCAGUACCUAAAGAGAGGGGAAAUAGACUUCACAGAUAAGGAGCCCGUGGCGUUGGGCGGCGGUCGUGUUGAGGUGACAUGGGAGAAGAUGAGCAAGUCUAAACACAAUGGCCUGGACCCCCAAGAGGUGGUGCAGCAGUACGGCGUGGACACGGUUCGACUCUACAUUCUGUACGCUGCACCGCCUGAACAGGACAUCCUCUGGAAUGUCAAGACCGACGCCCUUCCUGGGGUUCUGCGAUGGCAGUCUCGACUGUGGCAGCUGGUGACCAAGCUGAGGGGGGCCCGGCAACUCGGAGAUGUCCCCAACCCCGCCCGGCUGAAGAAGAAGGAGCUGGCGGAGGCUAAGAAGAUCUGGGAGAACAAGAAUUACGCCAUUAUAGAGGUGACAUCUCACUUCACAGAGGAUUUCCUUUUCAACGCAGCCAUUUCACGUCUGAUGGGACUUACCAAUACACUGAGUAGUGCGACAGUCAGGGUGCUUCAGCACAGUGUGGAGUUUGAGGAGGGGCUGGCCUCGCUGGUGAUGAUGACGGCUCCGAUGGCCCCUCACCUGGCUUCUGAACUUUGGGCAGGGCUUUGCCAAAUAAAAAACCCCCUCAGCCCCCUCCUCCUGCGGGGAGGAGACGUCCUGCAACAGGCCUGGCCGACUGUGGACCCUGAGUACCUGAAGGUCCCUGACUUUGUGGAGCUGUCAGUACUGAUAAACAACAAGGCCUGUGGCACAGUGACGGUCCCCCUGCAAGUGUCCAAAGAUACAGAGCGGGCGCAGCAGCUGAUCCUGGAGAGCCCGCUUGGACGGGAGCUUCUUGGCGAGCGCAGCAUCAAAAGAGCCAUCCUAUCCCCCCGGGCCGCCCUCAUCAAUUUCCUUGUUGACGAGUGACGUAUGGCCGUUCACCACCACGUUUCUAACUGGUACAUAGUUGUAGAUUCCUCUCAAUCAGUGAUUCAGCGCGGGGAGACAGACAGAGGAGGGGGACUUGCUUCCAAUUAAUCAAGACAAACAGAAAUGAUGGUUUAUAUUAGUUGUCAAAACCUCAAUGUAAAUAAGACAUUUUAUUUAUAUUUUCCUGUUUUUAAUAAAAGACUCAAGGAGCAACAA